GUGACGUGCGCGUCCGUGCGCCAGGGGCGGGCGGCUGCGCCGGGCUGCAGGAGAAGAUGGCGGUCUCCACAGGAGUUAAAGUUCCUCGUAAUUUUCGCUUAUUGGAAGAACUUGAAGAAGGACAAAAAGGAGUAGGCGAUGGCACGGUUAGCUGGGGCCUCGAAGAUGAUGAAGAUAUGACACUUACAAGGUGGACAGGCAUGAUUAUUGGGCCACCAAGGACAAAUUAUGAAAACAGAAUAUAUAGCCUAAAAGUAGAAUGUGGACCUAAAUAUCCAGAAGCUCCUCCAUCAGUUAGAUUUGUAACAAAAAUUAAUAUGAAUGGAAUAAACAAUUCCAGUGGAAUGGUGGAUGCACGGAGCAUACCAGUGUUAGCAAAGUGGCAAAAUUCCUAUAGCAUCAAAGUUGUACUUCAAGAGCUGAGACGUCUAAUGAUGUCCAAGGAGAAUAUGAAGCUUCCACAGCCACCCGAAGGACAAACAUACAACAAUUAAUUGUAGUGAAUCUCAGAUUUGUCUUACAUCAACAACCUUCUACUCAUAUUAAUGUCUUGAUUAAAUAUCACAAUGCAAAAUACCUACACAUUAAGUAAGAGAAUUCCAGCUGGUAAACAUGACCUGGACACUUGUAAGAAUAUAUUUAAUAUAUGUACACCCAUUAUAUUUUCAGGUUACAGGAGGAAAAAUGCAGCAGAAUUUUUCUUUCUCUUGUUAAGGCACUGUCACUUAAACAUGAACCUGGAGUACUCGAAUUAGAACUCAGGUUUUCAAGGUGAAAGUAUGGUGAGAAGAGUCAGAUGGCAGUGGAAAAUGAGUGUGCUUCUGAAACAAAAUCUCCAGAAGGAAAAACGGAAGUGGCAUGCUUUAUCCAUCUUACUUAGUGAAAAAGCUACAGUUGAAAUUGGUUAAAGUAGCAGGUACAGUGAAUAUUGUCACAAAUUGUGUUAAUUUUUGAAAUGGUGUGGGUGCUGACUACUAGUAGUAUCAAAUAUGUUCAGGAUUGUUUUGAUACCUGUAUUUAUAAUAAAAAGAUGUUGGGGGGGUCGAUGAAUUUCUGUUAAAAGCUGUUCCUGUGUGUUACAUGUAACAGACAUGACAAAUAUUUGUUUACAGUCUUUGUUUAAUAAACCAUGCAUUUAUGUUUAAGUCAACAAAAAGGAAAUAAGUGUAUGGAUAUGUGAUUUUGAGAUUAAAGGUAGUCUUAAAAAUGUAAAUAAAAUGUGGAACUGUCCUAAGAGACUAUGCCAUUUCUAUUACGAUAUAGUAUAUAUAAAUAGUUAUCUUGUCAAGGUAGCAAAAGUUAGAAUUAUUAUAGCUUUUCAUCAAAAUACACCCUUUAUUAUGUAUUCUAUUUUGUAAACUUGUGAUUGGAGUUUGCGGAGCUUUUACUUAUCAAAUAAUUUAUGUUCUUUUUGCACCAUGGAAUUUACUUUGCACUAGUUAUUACAUAUCUAAUUUGAUUUCCUCAGAAAUAAUAACAUUAAAAUAUUAAAAUACCAUUAAAAAGGUCUUUGGUGCCAGUAUGUGAGGCCCUGGGUUAAAUUCCUGAUAUUGAGUACAAAAAAAAACUCCUCUGAAUUACAGCAAUUCUUAGAGAAUUAGAUUGUAUUCCCAUUUGUCUUCAUUACACUUUUUCGAUGACUUUAUUGAAUAGAAUGAAUUGAUUGGAGCCAUUUCUUCCUGUAGUUAAUGCUUUUGCAACUAACACAGUUUAAUUUUAUCCAUUCCACUCUACAAAUAGCUAAUUGUGAAGUCAGACAUUCGUUUAUACUCUACGAAAAUGACAUGAGCCUUUAGAUCAUUGUUGCACGUGAAGUAUAUUUUAUGUCAAGGUCACUGUUUCCACUGUAUAUUGCUUUGAUACAGAUGUCUUAUGAAUUCACUGCAGACUAUUGAAAGACAGGUAAAAAGGGACCUUUUAUUUUGGCAAGUUUGAUUUUCUCAUCUUUUAUUCAAGAAUAUAUAGGCAAGCCAAAAUCAUGAUUGUCAACAUGCUACAUUACAUGUCCAAACUUGUAAAAGAAAGGAAAAGCUGUUGACUUGGGGUUAUUAAAACUUUUUAGGUACUUU